AUCAGUGAGACCUCUCGCAAUCUCUGACACCCGGUCCUUGAGCUCGACGUACGAGAUCCACUUGUAGUCGCUGAGCUGGAAAUACUUCCAUUUCUUCGUCUCCUUCGUCUCCUUCCCGUCGAUGACUUUGGUCACCUCCUUGGCCUCUUCGACGAUGUCGACAAUGUCUCGGUAUGCGAGUGCGUUGCGGUUGCCGUGUGUCUUAGCCACGUACUCGAGGAUGUCGUAUACGGUGUUGAUUCCGUCCAAAGGUUGAGACACGAGUUUGUCUGACGCAAUAGCAAGGCGGCGCACGGGACCCUCGUUGUCCGCUGCGGCUGGGGAGACCUCGACUGUGCCUUUGCCGUAGUAGCCCGGGCGAUUGGUUUUCGUGGUGAAUUUCGACAUGGGGCGAGUGUCGUUGGUGGAAAGCGUCACACUUGUAUGUCGUAAUAAGGGCACGCGUGGGGAUCAAUCCCCACCGCGGCGACUUGAUGGGAACACAUCAUCCUGAUGCGACGUAUUUUUGUGCCGAAAAUGGAAUAGAUCUGAGCCCAUCGCAUUGACAAGUUACCACACCCAUGAAUCGUUGAGCGUGGUCGUUCAUGUGGAUCCAGACCUUCCUCAAAUCUCUUCGGCGCUGUCCACACUUUGACGCGCACACGGCCUUCUAGCUCGUUCUGGCUGUAGAAGGCAUUCCAAGUAUCGUCUCUGUGUCGCGGUCAUCAACCAUCGCUGGUGUCGACCUCGGACUGUCCGCCAUCUUAUUGCUGUCCUUCAUGCACGACACUUCCGACUCCGAUCCUCAUUGAUGUGCCGAUCAGUAAUAUGGUGCGCACAUGCACCCAACCGGCAUACAGAGCCGCACGAUGGCAGUUUGAUGCAUGUGCACUGUUGAUCCUUCCGCCCUCGAGAAUCCACGCUGUGCAGUCUUCAAACUCGGCAACCUUGUUCUCCGGUUACAGCCAUCCCCAUUUGCGUAGCCAGCGCUUCUCCUUUGCGGAUGCCUUGGCGCAUAUCUCAGGCUUCGAAGAGCUUAUACUGAAACUCGGUCUGGCAAGUCCACAGGUCGACUUCUUCAGCUGCGACUAUGAGAUCCCGGGUGUGGCGGUAACACACUCUCCACGAGACGGAACGCUGUGUCUUCGACCGGGCCAAUGGUUCGGCACAGGUAAAGCUUCGUGUGCACACUGUUGACUGGGUCGGGGCGCGUGAUCCGGCUUGACGAUGGGUAUGGGCAGAAUGUGGGGCACGGCCAGUCAUGCAAUGCACGGGCACAUUGAUAGGAAGCUGCAGCGAGAGUUUCCACAUGUCUCGAGCGGGAGCAAGUGCACCAAAGGAUAUGAUAGCGAUAGGAACAAAGAACUACACGACCUUACGCAUAGCAUCAGCUCAGCGGAAUCACACGAAUGAGCAUAGACACACACCUUGGGCGCCAAACUCGCAAUUUUGCCCCAGCCCUUCAUCCUCAAGUCCGCACUGACAACCCCACCUAUCCGCGUCCCCAGCAUUUCCCGCUUGUUGUUCAGUAGCACCGCCGCAUUGUCGUCGAAGCGCACCAUCCUUCCGUCAGGUCUCCGCACGGCUUUCCGCGUCCGGACAAUGACUGCGCGCCGCACAUCCCCACGUCGGACCUUGACGGCGGUAACGGACGCCGACGCAGCAGCGGUCACGGGGCGAGCGCGUUGUACGACGACGACGAUUUCGUCGCCCACCGAGCCCCAGCCGUUAUUGACCUUUUGCUUCAAUACGUUCACGCACUCGGCAACAAGGGCGCCGGAGUUGUCUAUUAUCUAGAGAAGCAGGUUAGACAUGGAAAAGCUUGGAAUGAACCUGAGGGACGGACGUUCAAAGUUCCCUUGAGUCCGAUCAUGGUUUUUCAGAAUGAGUGACGUUAGAUCAAGACUUGAUUUCGUUCGUCCCCCGCGAGUACAGGACAAGGAACACAUCUACGAAAUAUACGCUCAGCAAGUGAUGGAAGCUACCGAGCAUUCCCUUGUUCGGCGCUUCAAUCAUAGCGCACGUGCCCAUCGAUAGACGCUCACGCUCAUCGUGCGCUUUUGCUCUCUUCCCAGCCGUCCACCGGCAGUCAUGAGUUCCCAGUGUGACUCUCUGCCACCCUAUUCACAACAUGACUCGUCCCGAAGUCGAGCCUGGGCUCUACAAAGGUCUCAGACGAACGAGAGAUCAUCUCUGCUCCCACCUGGUGCCUCGCCACGCAUGUACUCUGAAAGGAGCGUAAACAACACGAUCGUUCUCUCCUCCACCCCCACACGGAAGUUGGACUUGAACUUGGCCUUCCUCGUUCUACUUGUCGUCCAAUUCCUGUUUGUCUGCUUCGCCCUUACCACUUGGCCUGUCGAAGCUGCUCUCGAUCCGCAGCAGCGCCUCACUCUCCGCCGUUCUUGGGCCGAUGAAGCAUCCGCACACGAAGAGCUGCACCGCGCCUGGUCGCAGGAGGAGCGAUACCAAGAGACUUGGCGGGCUGCCUGGCGCCAGGAAGUGUUGGAGCAGGAGGCCCGGCGGGUCCGUUGGGCGCACGAGCGCGAUGAAGAAGAGCAUCGGCACGAGCGUGAGCUGGAGCGCAUCCGCGCGGGUUUCUCGUGGACCUCGCCCAUCCCCGACGCCCACUGUGCGUCGUACGGUGCACGUCAGUGGUCCAGUCGCAUCACCAAUGUGCCGAGGACGUACGAUCCUGUGCAAGCUUGUAUGGAAACCGCGGUGGAGAUCAACGGUGCGUGGAUAAGGAAACCGGACUUUUGUGAGGAUCGGGGCUGCAACGGCGUCUUCGGCCAUUGGCUCGUUCACCACGGUGAAUCCUCGUGCUCGAGCUACUUCAGAAGCUUUGUCGACAAGGGCUGCACUGCCGGCGUAUCCCAGCUUCGCCGCAUCGAGUCCCGUCUUGAAAACGUCCAGAGUGGCGAUGAUUGGCGCGUGAUGUGCGACACUACACCGGCAGAUUUCGGCGGUCAGCAUUUCGACCAUCCAGACAUGUGCGAACAGUCGGUUUGGGGUAUCUGGGGGAACUGGUUCUUGCAUGACCAGCAGUGUUGACGACUGCCAUGUUUUUACUGUUCGCAUACGGCCCAGUAUUUACCGUACGGUUUGUUGUACAGAAACUUGUGAAUUGACGUCAUCUCCCUGGGUCUGCCUGUUUCCUCUCGGCCAUUCUGUAAGGAACCUCAAAGAUGAAAGAGGGACAUUCAC